AAUCAAGCUUCGCGUGUGAAUGAGAGGGAAAUGAACAGGAAUAUGAGCUAUCACACAUUCGAAAUUGAAGCAAAGGAAAGUUAUUGCUUUGGUAAAAAUCGCAGAAGGGAUUUCAGUCCCCUCAAGUUACGUUCUGAAUAUAACAUAAUACCGGAUAAGGGAAUGUAUGUGGAUAGCGACUACAAUAGUUGCAGCGAAUGCAGUUAUUGCAAAGGUGUUGAUGACGGCAUAAAAACCGCCGGUUUAAAAAUAUUCGCAAUGAUUAUGUGUCAUGCCUGGCGCAAGCGUCGUGAGCAAUUACACGAACUGCGGCGUACAAUGGAAGAACUAAAGCAGGGCUCGAUUAAAGCAAAAAGUCAAUUGCAAAUUUACAAUCAAUUAUUACGCGUUGAACAAAAGCGUAAUGAUGAGCUUAGCGAACAGGUAAAGGAAGCCUUAAACACUUUAAAAAACUCGAGGGCCUCGUACGAAUUCUUAUCGAACAGUAUUGCUAAUGUGAAGACAGAUAAAGCAAUGCUAGAAGAAGAACUUAAAUCUAAAUAUGAAGAGUAUGACGCUUUGCAUGCCGUGCUUUCACAAACUAAGACAGAUUUAUUUCGAUGCAUGAUGGAUCAACGUAACCUUCAAGUGCAGCUCUGUAAAGAGCAAAGAUCAGUUCAAUCUUUGGAAAAUCAGAAAAAUAAAUUAAUUAACGAGAUAUGUGAAAUCGGUUCAGAAACCCGUAGAGUAGAAGAAAGAUGCAAGCAACGAAUGGAAGAGAAAGAUCAACAAUUAUUGGAAAACAAAAAUAAAGCAAAUCUUUUAGAAAUCGAAGUGUUUGAACUUAGAGAAAAAAUGUUGCCAUUGAAUAGCAUCGAGGCGAACAAUGAUCGCAUGAAAAGUGAAAUUGAGUCUCUUCGCGCUCAACUAUUCCAUCUGAAGAAGAAACUUGAUUCUAGUCUUAGUCAUCAAAUUUAUAUGUGUUGGGAACAGUUACUUCAUUAUCAAAAAUCCACUUUCCAAUUUUUACAUGUUUUCGCUUUCUAUUUGCUACCAGCUAUGCCACCGCCAUACAAGUAUGUAGGACAAUUGAUGCUACCUGAAAUUUAA